CUCUCUCUCUCUCUCUCUUUCCACAUUCAUCUCAAAUCUCAUUCUUCAAACACUUCUUCUUCACUCAACAACAAUCUUAUCUCAUUUUACACUUCAAACCUCAAUCUCUCUACUAUGGUUAAGUCACAAGAUAUCAACAAAAUCAAACAAGAACCAUUAACAAAAACAAAACCAAUCGUUAUCUCGGAUAAUAGCAAGAAGAAGAAGUAUAAAGGAGUGAGAAUGAGAAGCUGGGGUUCAUGGGUAUCAGAGAUUAGAGCACCGAAUCAAAAAACAAGAAUAUGGUUAGGUUCUUAUUCAACUCCAGAAGCUGCUGCUAGAGCUUACGAUGCUGCACUUUUAUGCCUUAAAGGUUCAUCCUCAGCUUCGAAUCUCAAUUUCCCUUUAACAACAAACUCUUCUUCACUUUGCAUUGUUCCUCAAGAUAUGUCUCCGAAAUCAAUCCAACGAGUUGCUGCAGCUGCUGCAAAUAAUCUCAAUCUCAAUGUCAAUGUCAAUAGUAACACUCCCUCUUCAUCAUCAUCAAUGGCUUCUUCUUCUUCGUCUUCUGAUGAGGUUUCAAUUAUGUCGACUUUUGAUCAAGCUAACGAUGAAAUGAAGGGUAUGAUGGAAAGUAAUUGGUAUGGAUUAGAAGGUUUAGAGUCUCCGAAAUAUGUUGAUCAGAUGAUGUUGAGUGCUUCUUUCUUUGAUUUUGGAUAUUCAUCGUAUUUGUUUGAUGAUGUGUAUGAAGAAAGUGAUAUUCGUUUGUGGAACUUUAGCUGAAGAAACUUAGAUUUUUUUUUUCUUUCUUAAAAUUCAAUUCAAUUCAAUAUAAAUUUCAA